AUGUUGGACGAUGUAGCUAAUGAGGUUUUCGAUAACGAUAUUCCUAAUGAGAUAAGCAUAUUGAUAUCAAAACUAACAGAAAAACUACAGAGUUCAUUUAAUCGAUUAUUAUGUGGAAUACGACAUCACACACUUAUCAUUAUUACAUGUGACUUCUAUCCAAAUAUAACGUUAAUUUUCAAGAAAUAUCAUACAUUUAUAAAGUCAACAAUAGAUUUAAUUGAGGAAGUAUAUGAAAGAAGUCAUGCUUUCAAAAGUAAUGAUAAUUUCGAUAAUUCUGAGAAGUUUUGUGAUAACAGCAGUGACUCUGAUAUAUCUAUGUUUUACGAAUCCGAAAAAGAAACGAAGGAAACGUUGGUGAUGACGAAAUUUCAUAAGAAACCAGAGCAAAAUGAUAUUAUGUCGGUGGAGAAAGCAAUAGAUUUAAUAAAAGCUAUAGUAUUUCAAAAUGACGACUACAAAGUAAAUAUACAAACUGUGAACACAAUUGAUGCUUACAACAGGAUAUUGGCCAAAGAUGUAUUUACUGCGAAAGACGUGCCGUCUUGUAAAACUUCCGCUAAACAUGGAUACGCGAUGUUGGCCAGCAACAAGGCCGGCGGAAAGGACAUUAGAAAAGUGUUGAAAGCAUCUCCCAAGUUCACAGAGAUUUCGGUUGUACCUGGCACCUGCAUGCGGAUAAGAAGUGGAUGUCCUAUACCCAAUGGAGCAAAUACGGUUGUAACGCCAGAGAAUAUAAAGAUAUUGGACAAAUGCAAUGAUGACGAUUAUUUUAAUAUCGAUGAUAAGGAAUACGAAAUUGAGGUCUUGGUCGCUCCAAAAGUAAACGAGAAUAUUAGAAAUGCUGGCUACUUGGUAAAGGGUAAUGGGCACAUUUUGAAAAAGUUCAUACGUAUUCGAUCACCGGAACAGGGCAUUUUGAUAUUAUGUGGCUACGAUAAAAUUCCAGUCAUCGAAAUUAUAUCUAUAGGUGUAUUUUCUAUCGGAAGCAAGUUUGAAGAAGCUGGAAACACUUUAACUUUAGGACGCAUCUAUGAUAGCAACAGGAUUAUUUUAACCUCUUUAUUGAAAGAGAACGGUUACAAUCUCACGGACUUAGGAACUUCGGCUUAUCGGUUGGAUGCCAUAAUCAAAAAAAUUGAAGAUGCUUUAAAUAAAGUCGACGUACUCGUGAUAAUGGGCCCCGUGAACGAUAAAGACAUAUUAAAGACAAUCUUAAGAGAACAUUUUAGUGCUGAAAUACAUUUCAGUUAUUUGGACAUGAAACCAGGAAAAUCAACGACGCUCGCAACGUGUAUGAUUAAUAACAAGCUGAAGUUUUUCCUGUGCAUGUCAGCAAACCCAGCAACGGUUCCCAUUGUCGCGCACGUAGUGCUUCUGCCAUUUCUAAACAUGAUGCACUGCAACUGUUCCACGCCCAUCGUUAUGCAAACUUGCAUAAAAAAUCACGAGUUACAUUUGCGUUCGAAAUUUUCAUGGACGACCGCCCAAUGGGCGGAAGAGGAGAUGUUUCCAAGGGCUUAUUGUUCAAAAAAUCAACAUCAAAACAUAAUGAAAUAUCAAAAGGCUAAUGCACUUCUAAUACUACCGAAGUACACGUCGGAGAUACCGAAAUUAGAUGCGGCAUUUUAUGUACGUGUUCUCAGACCCAUAUGUGGAAUACGAAACAAGAAACUUAUCAUUAAUAUGUGCGACCCUUUAUACGAAAAUAGAAUGAUGAGUUUGAUGACAAGUAUUACCUUGAUACUAGAAAUAAUACACUUAAUGAAUGUGCAAGAUGAAAAAAUUUAUAGUGUCAAGAAUGAUGAUACUUUUGAUAAAGCGUUUAAUACUGACAAUAACUAUGAUAAUUUUGAUAAAAUGUCUUUACAUUCUACCUCCGAGAAUGAAACGAAAAAUAUAUCAAUAGAAAGUCUAUCCAAGAGAAUUUAUAACAAACAAAAGCAAACUAUUAUGAUGUCAGUAAAAAAUGCAUUACAUACAAUGAAGAACGUAUUAGACGGAUUAGAUUGCAAGAAUAAAAAGGAUACAGAAAUCGUGGAGACGAAUAAUGCUUAUGGUAGGAUACUGGGUGAUAAUAUAAAAUCCUCUGCAAACGUGCCAUUUUAUAAUAUUUCGACAAAACAUGGAUACGCGGUGUUGGUUAGCGACGGGAAGAGUAAAAGAAGAGUGCUGAAAGCACAUCUCACGUUCGCAGAGAUUUCGGUUGUACCUGGUACUUGCGUGCGAGUAAGAAGUGGAGAUCCCAUACCUAAUGGAGCAACGGCGGUUGUAACGCUAGCGAAUACAAAGGUAUUGAAAGAAUGUAGCGACAAUGAUGACGAUUAUUUUAAUAUCAACGACAAAGAAUACGAAAUUGAAGUUUUAGUAGCCCCGAAAAAGGACGAGAAUAUUAGAAACGCUGGCUACGAGAUGAAGUCUGGCCAGAUCGUUUUACAGAUAUUCAAUCGUAUUGAAUCGGUGGAAUUGGGCAUUUUGAGAUUAUGUGGUCUCGAUUCAGUUCCAGUCAUAAAACUUCCAUCUGUAGGUCUGUUGUCCAUUGGAGAUAAAUUGGAAGAGCCUGGGUACACUUCAACUUUAAAACGUAUCUACGACUGUAAUAGUAUAACUCUAAUCUCGUUAUUGAAAGAAAACGGUUACAAUCCCGUAGACUUAGGAAUUUCAGCUUAUCAGUUAAAAGCCAUUAUCAAAAAUAUUAAAUACGCUUUGGACAAAGUAAACCUACUCGUGAUAAUGGGACAUGCAAACGACAAUGAUUUAUUAAAGCCUAUCUUAAGAGAAUAUUUUAACGCUGUUAUACAUUUCGGUCGCGUGGAGAUGAAACCAGGAAAAUCAACAACAUUCGCAACGUGCACCUUCAAAGACAAAACAAAGUUUUUCCUAUGUAUGUCGACGAACCCAGCAACAAUUCCCAUUGUCGCGCGUAUAUUACUUCUGCCAUUUCUGGACAAGAUGCACUUAAAUAUCAUGGCUUAUGAACCCAAACCUAACAUACAGACUUGCAUAAUGACAACACAUGAGCUGCAUCAUCGUCCGAAAUUUUCAUGGACAAUCUUACACUGGUCGGAGAAGGAAACGUUUCCAAGGGCUUGUUUUUCAAAAAAACAACAUCAAAACAUAAUGCAAUAUCAAAAAGCUAAUGCGCUUCUAAUGUUACCGCAGCGCACGCCGUAUGAGUCGAAAAUAGACGCGGCAUUCGUAUCAGCGAUGUUCCUCGGCUGAAAAGUCUCCAAGAUUAUUCCUAAUCAAC